CAUACAUGUUCUUUGUUUUUUUUUAAUACUAAAGAAGAUGUGUAGCGUAAUAAAUUAACCAAAUUAUGAAAACGGACCAAUGGCUGAGCUCACUUCCUGACCUCCAUAUUAAUAUUCAUGAGCCCCGCAGCACCACGCCUCAGGUCCGUCUGUGAUUGUGUUCAUUGGCUCCGUCCUAUUGGGCAGGCGCAUCGUACGUGUCGUCAUCCCGCACCGGGCAAAAAAGGACGCAUUGUUAAUUCUUCGCUUUAUUUAGGGGUAAAAUCUCAUUAAAACAUGUCUUCUUUGUACAAGCCCUUCUCUGUUUCGGAAGGGCCGUGUGGAAAUGCGAUCUCGAAAAGAGGAUGCACAACGCAGCGACAGCAUCCGUUGACCCGGAUUCCCUCAGCGCAGUGUUUUGGAGCUGGUGGCGCGUGCUCGACGGGCACUUUUACCCCAAUUCCCAACAUUUAUCCAGGUCAAAGGAAUUUAGCGGCCGCUGCCAUCGGAGGGAGAAAAAUCACACAUCCGUGGAAAGCUAUUCUUGCAGGUGGCAUUGCAGGCGGCAUUGAAAUCUGCAUCACCUUUCCAACGGAGUAUGUAAAGACGCAGCUACAGCUAGACGAAAGAGCGAACCCGCCUCGAUACCGAGGCAUAGGAGACUGUGUUAAACUGACAGUGCAAGAUCAUGGGUUGAGAGGUCUGUACAGAGGUCUUAGCUCUCUGCUGUAUGGCUCCAUCCCGAAAUCAGCAGUACGGUUCGGAACAUUCGAGUUACUUAGUAACCCCAUGAGAGAUGCCACGGGUCGCCUUGACAACAAAGCAAGUUUGCUUUGUGGGCUUGGAGCAGGAGUUACAGAGGCGGUUUUGGUGGUCUGUCCAAUGGAGACGGUCAAGGUGAAGUUCAUUCAUGACCAGUGCUCUAUGAGGCCACGCUACCGAGGGUUCUUUCACGGUGUUCGAGAAAUCAUCAGAGAUCAAGGUUUUCGAGGGACGUAUCAAGGGCUGACUGCUACACUUCUGAAACAGGGUAGCAACCAGGCAAUUCGCUUUUAUGUUAUGAACCUGUUGCGCAACUGGUACAAAGGCGAUGACCCAAAUCGUGACAUGCACCCGCUGGUUACAGCGUUGUUUGGUGCGACAGCCGGUGCGGCGAGCGUUUUCGGAAACACGCCGCUUGAUGUGGUGAAGACCAGGAUGCAGGGUUUGGAGGCCCAUCGCUACAAGAGCACAAUGGACUGCGCUUUUCAGAUUCUGAAAAACGAGGGUCCUCAGGCAUUCUACAAAGGCACAGUCCCGCGACUGGGUCGGGUUUGUCUGGACGUGGCCAUUGUCUUCGUUCUUUACGAAGAAGUUGUGAAGCUACUGAACCAUGUUUGGAGGACAGACUGAGCAUGGACCUGGUCAAAAUCUGCACGGGACUGACUUUGACAGGGUGGACUAUCCAAACACAGUUGGUCACGUCAAUCAAGUUGAAAAGAUCCAGACUUUAACUGUGGCCUCUGGCUCAAAGGAAUGGAUUAAACUAGCUAUCUGUGUCUGUAUAGUUCAGAAGGAGAUGGAAAGGUGGGAGUCACGGGAAGAAAGCUGUAGCUUAUUGCGUUGCACAAAAACAUUUCUGAGAAAUUCAAGGAUGAAAGCAUGUCAUUCAUUUGCACUCUUCACUUGUAGAAAGUAAUGCAAGUGUCUUCUCAUCACCAUGCUUUUACAAAGAUUGUUGUGAGAUGGUCCGCUUACGUGGCACGAUAAACAUAAUAGCAAAACAAAGUACACCAGAAAUUUCACUCAAAUGCACAUUUUGUCUUAGUUUUCUAAGUGCUCCACGUAAUUGCAAAAAAAAAGUAAAUGUGAUUUUUGGAAACAUUUAAAUGAAUCUAGAUGUUCUUAUACAGCUGGUUGAAAUCUAGAUAUCCAUAUUGAUGUUAAAAGUGCAUGAGUGUUAUUGUCAGGAUCAGGCCGUCAUAGCUUUGGAAAGCUGUCGGACUCAAUUACAGAUUCACUGAAUCGUGCCAAGCUGGGAACUGUGGUAUUAUUGCUCCAUAAUGCUAUAUGUAAUCUUACAAUGUAACUCUUAAGCGGUUAGUUUUUUAUCCAUGAUGUAAAUGGCAGCUGUUUUUUUAGUUGCGCAAUAUUUGUUUGUAUAUUGUGCUUUUAUGUUGUCAAUGUAAAUGGCGGCAAAGGUACUCGAUCUACCAAAGCAACACAUACUAGUUCUUCUACGGUUGUGCUUAUGUCAGAGAUACCUUACUGGUACUUUAUCAACAAUGCUCAAAUGGAUUGUGGAAUACUUCACGAUUCAAUAAACUGAAUAGGUUACAUGUUCUGUCACUGUGAUCAUGCCGAGUAGUGGCAUAAU